UACACACACACACACACACAAACUCAUCAAUGAUGCACUCAUUGCUAUAGCACUACUCAAGAUGGAAUAUUAUAGUUUUCUGCUAGGUUUGCUCGCAUUUUUCCUUUUUGGCAGGCUGUCUGCAGACGCUGAUAUUGUUAGAUUUGAUGAGAACUAUGAAAUCACAUGGGGUUAUGAUCAUGUUCUCUUAUUUAAUCAAGGAAGAGAAGUUCAGCUCUCUAUGGAUAUCUCUUCUGGAGCUGGGUUUGGGUCGAAGCUAAGAUACGGAAGUGGAUUUUUUCAAAUGAGGAUCAAGCUGCCGCCGAAGGAUUCUGCUGGGGUUAUUACUGCCUUCUACCUAACCUCACAAGGUGACAAGCAUGACGAGCUGGAUCUUGAGUUCUUGGGGAAUAGAGAAGGCAAGCCUAUCACCUUGCAAACCAAUGUGUUUGCAGAUGGUGUUGGGAAUAGGGAGCAACGGAUUCUUCUCUGGUUUGAUCCUACUGCAAAUUUCCACACUUACCAAAUUCUAUGGAACCAACACCAAAUUGUAUUCUAUGUGGACAACGUCCCAAUUCGAGUGUUCAAGAACAACAAAAAUAUUGGAGUAGGGUACCCGUCGCAGGCAAUGCAAGUAGAAGCAAGCUUGUGGGAUGGAGAUAGCUGGGCAACCGAUGGAGGCAAAACAAAGACUAAUUGGAGCAUGGCACCCUUCAAAGCUCAUUUCCAAGGAUUUGAUAUAGGCGGUUGCCCAAUAAUUCAGAACUCAAACGUUCAAGAAUGUUAUUCUCCCAAGUAUUGGUGGAAUUCAGAGAAAUAUUGGAAGUUAGAUUCCAAGCAACAAAUAGAGUUGGAAAAUGUAAGGAACAAAUACAUGAGCUAUGACUAUUGUUCUGAUAGGCCUAGAUACCCCGUACCUCCUCCAGAGUGCCUUCUUCAGUAGCAGACAACAUUAAAGAGAGUUCAUGACCAUGGGUUAAUAAAGUUGUAGAAUAAAAAAAGAAGGGAGCUGAUGGGACAAGGAAACUAAAAACACACAAGUAACUGUGAUUAAAGAAAAUGUUAAAAGUCCAACUAUUCAUAAAACUAAUUGUUUAUGAAGGUUUUAUUUAUUACCUUUUAUCUUUUGUGAGUUGAAACAAUUGAAGAUUGGGAUACAACUCUUUUAACUCAACAAAUAUCUUCUGUUC